GUCGAGAGGGCGGCCGGUCGCACGCGCGCACGCGGGUGUUGGUCGAAAGGUCGCGGCCUCCGUCGUUGAUACGGUUAUAGGGAACGCACUUUGGACCAAACGGUCGCGCCGACUUAAGAGGGAUAAAGCGCGACGGCGUUAGUUGAGUUUGGUUUAGUGUCGCCCCGGCCGUGCGACGCGACGUAUCGCGAGAAGAACCCCCGACUCACCCGCCCGCCUACCGGGUUCUUUUUUUACUUCUUCCCCCCUCGGCUCUUUUCUCUCUUUCUCUCUCUCUCUUUGUAAAUCGGCGAGAAAUAAAACGCCGGUGAACCAUGGACCCCGGCCAAGAGCGACAGUAAACCUCGCGGCCGCGAGAAGCGCACAAGGUGAUCGGGCGAGGAACGCAGAGACGCACGCGAGCCGCCGCGCCGAUUUCUAUCGGAGAAAAAGAGAGAGAUAGAGAGGGAAUAAAAAAGUCGCAUCUUUACCGCCGUCGAGUCUGUAUACGCGUUGAACGCACGUGACACACGACGUUCCACGUGAGCAAGGACGACCGUGUCGAGAGACCACGGCCGUCGUCAGACGUUUCGCCACGCGCUUUCCACCUUCGUCGUCGCGUUAAUCCACGUGAGCCCGCCGCGACACUCUGUACCGACACCACCAUGUGGUCCACAGAACCGGGCAGCUUCACCUCCAACGGGAGCAUGAUCGUCCUGAGCAACAGGUUGCCGUUUGUGCUGAAGAGGAAUGAUACGACCGGCCAGCUGGAGCGCAAAGCCAGCGCUGGCGGUUUGGUAACCGCUGUAGCGCCUGUUGUUAUAAGCGGAAAAGGAGUUUGGGUAGGAUGGCCGGGUAUGCACAUGGAAAACCCGAACGAGCCGAUUCCCGAAUCGGAUCCCAACGAUCGCACGCCCACGGCUGGUCUGCUAUCACGAAAGGUUGUCGCGGUACACGUUGAUCCCGGCGUUUUCGACUCUUACUACAACGGAUGCUGCAAUGGAACCUUCUGGCCUCUCUUCCAUUCUAUGCCAGAUCGGGCGACCUUCAUUGCGGAUCAUUGGCGCGCGUAUUCCGCGGUCAACGAACAGUUCGCCGCGAAGACAGUCGGUGCCUUGCAACAAAUUCACAAGGAACAAGAGAACCAGCAGAACGGCACGCCGUUAGUAUGGGUUCACGAUUAUCAUCUGAUGUUGGCCGCCAAUUGGAUCAGACAGGCAGCCGAGGAGAAAGAGCUCAGGCUUAAAUUAGGUUUCUUCCUUCACAUACCUUUCCCGCCGUGGGACAUCUUCAGGCUGUUCCCGUGGGCCGACGAGAUUCUGCAGGGUAUGCUGGGAUGCGACAUGGUGGGUUUCCACAUUCAAGAUUAUUGCCUGAACUUCGUCGAUUGCUGCCAGAGGUGUCUCGGCUGCAGAGUGGACCGUAAGAACCUGUUGGUCGAACACGGUGGUAGAACCGUACGGGUAAGACCGCUGCCGAUCGGUAUACCUUUCGACAGAUUCGUCUCAUUGGCUGAGACCGCGACAAAAGUCAUGCAGUCGAAUCAGAAGAUCGUCCUCGGCGUCGACCGACUCGAUUACACGAAGGGCCUCGUUCACAGACUGAAAGCCUUCGAGAUGCUGCUAGAGAAACACCCCGAGCAUCGCGAACAGGUGACGAUGCUUCAAAUCGCAGUACCCUCACGCACCGACGUCCGCGAGUAUCAGGACCUGAAGCUUGAGAUGGACCAGCUGAUCGGCUGCAUAAACGGUCGCUUCACGACACCCAACUGGUCGCCCAUACGUUACAUUUACGGCUGCGUGAGCCAGGACGAGUUGGCGGCGUUCUACAGAGACGCCGCCGUCGCUCUCGUCACACCGCUUCGAGACGGCAUGAAUUUGGUCGCCAAGGAAUUCGUCGCUUGUCAAAUCAAUACACCACCGGGAGUGCUGAUAGUAUCGCCCUUCGCUGGAGCCGGCGAAAUGAUGCACGAGGCCUUGAUUUGCAAUCCUUAUGAGAUCGACGAGGCCGCGGAGGUGAUUCACAGGGCGCUGACCAUGCCCGAGGACGAGCGCACGCUGAGAAUGAACCAUUUACGUCGGCGUGAAAGAAUAUACGACGUUAACUACUGGAUGAAGUCAUUCCUUCAGGUGAUGGGAUCUCUCGAGGAGCACGAUGCCGUAGGCGCUACAACGAUGCAGCCCGUGACCAUGGAUGAUUUCGAUGAUUAUUUGAGCAAGUCCCCUAGGUACAUCGGUGAUAAUCAUAAAUUGGCGCUUCUGUUGGAUUACGAUGGUACGUUGGCGCCCAUCGCCACACAUCCCGACUUGGCAAUUCUGCCGCUCGAGACGAAGAACGUCCUGCAACGGCUGUCGAACAUGUCGGACGUUUACAUUGCAAUUAUAUCGGGCCGAAAUGUGAAUAAUGUGAAAUCGAUGGUCGGAAUAGAGGGUAUCACGUAUGCUGGAAACCACGGAUUGGAGAUCUUACAUCCGGACGGCAGCAAGUUCGUCCAUCCCAUGCCGGCCGAAUUAGAGGACAAAGUUGCCAGUUUGAUGCAAACGCUUCAGGAACAGCUUUGCAGGGACGGCGCUUGGGUCGAGAAUAAAGGCGCGCUUCUCACGUUCCACUAUCGUGAAACCCCGAUGGAAGGUCGCUCGAAGAUGGUCGAUCAAGCUAAAAGACUUAUCGAGAGCGCGGGAUUCAAGGCCUGUGCCGCGCAUUGCGCUAUCGAGGCGAAACCGCCCGUCGAAUGGAACAAGGGACGUGCUUCCAUCUACAUCCUACGUACGGCAUUCGGUCUAGAUUGGAGCGAGCGUAUCAGGAUUAUCUACGCUGGUGACGAUGUUACAGAUGAAGAUGCGAUGAAGGCAUUGAAAGGUAUGGCCGCUACUUUCCGCGUGGCGUCGUCUGAUAUCAUUCGCACAUCCGCGGAGAGACGUUUGCCCAGCACGGACUCGGUUCUAACGAUGUUAAAGUGGGUCGAGAGACACCUCAGCAGACGCAAGCCCCGCAACAGCAUCGACAUCCCGGGCAUCCCAUCAAGAUUUCGACGCGGCAGCGGCGGUAUUACGAUGGAGAUGUCUUACACCCCGCCAAAAACGCCCCUCGAAUCAUAGAUGAUGCUCAAAUGUUCCCCGUUAGCAUAUCAGGUAUAUACCCGCUGCGAUAUAUAUCUAUCAUAAAAUUAUAAGGACAUACUCGUAGCGUAAAGUCAAGCAAUACAGGCGGAGGAGCAAAAGGUAAGGAAGGAAAAUCGUUCGAGCGAUUUGAGAGCAGGUAAAAAAGCUGAAAAGAAGUUAACGAGAUUCACGCACUAUGUUAAGCGUAGCCGCUGGAGAGACUGUCUGACGCGGUCGGAAAGUCCAAAGAAAACGAAAUGGUUCUUCCUAAUUGAGAAAUAGAAUAACGAUAUUGUAUACCAAUAGAAUCACCAACGUGGAGACUUUAACUAGAAGAAACAAAGACUCAAGUCGUCAAGUUGACUCUUUAGCUUUUAAUGUUGAUCGGUGUAUUUUACGAUAUCCGUUAGACCUUAGACCGCAAAAAAAUAUUGAGCUUAUACGAAGUGUAUGAUGAUAUCGCAUAUGAUGAUAAAUGUUUUUCAUGCGACUGAAAUUUCUACUUUGGCUCUGCACAACACAGAAAGAUGUACAUAUUAUAUAUUUUCGAUGUAUGUAUUACUGGGAAUUUACAGUUGCAUCAUGUGGAAUAUGAUACAAUCAUUUCUCCAUGGAGAUAUAGCAUUUAAACACUUAGUUUUUAACUUAGGUCCAUGUCGCUCAAUGAAAAGAUACACAUAUUCGGCAGACAACAGCGUAUAUUCUGCAUGUUACAUUUGAUAGUUAUACUUUACCUCGUUAACCAUUUCUAUCGGUAGCAUAAAUAUGACAAAAUGGAAAAGCACAUUGUCUUAGGAUAGUACGGAGUAUGUUUUUCUUUGGAAAUAUCUAAUUAAUUUAUUUGUUUUUUUUCUUCCUCUUUCUCCUCCUUAUUUUAUUUAGUAACAAUCAAGUACACCACGAAUAUUAGAAAUGGUAAUUAUUAGUUUUCAGAUUAGUGAUAAACUUUAAGGCACUUUUAUUAGACUCUAUCGUUUUUUUUGAGAAAAAAAACACCAUUGGAUAGAUACAAGUUCUCUAUGAUAUUAAAACUAGUUUCUCUGACAGAGCAAUCAGUAUCAUUCUUCGUGUCUACGAAUAAAAUUUACAAUAUUAGACUGUCUACUAGAGAUGUACGAAUUAAGGAUUUUUCACGCCGAAUUGAAUCAAAUAGUUAAAUUAAAUUUCAAUUAACAAUUAUCUAUUAUUAAAAUAUAUUAAUGAAAUCUAUUAUUGCAUAAUUUUAAUAGAGUAAUAAAAACUAAUAUAGGUAAUGAAAAAGAUUUAUACGUAAAAGAAGUACUGAUUAUACAUAUAAUAUAAAAUUAUUUUAAAUAUGAUUUUGUAAUUUUACAAAUUAACAAUUUUGUCAACGUAUGUGAUUUGUAUCCGGACGUGUUAGAUUCGAAUUUGAUUUAGAAAGAUUCAGAUCUGAAUCUAAUCGAAUCUUACCUGAUUCGAUUCGUAUAAUUCUUAUGUCUCUAAUGUCUACUUCUCAUACAGUUAUACAAUUCCGCAAUCAAUCAUCAAAAAAAAAAAGAAAAAAGAAAUAGAGUGCCAACGUAUUUUGCACAAUUUUAUGGCAAAAAUGAUGUAUUGACGUAGUAAUGAAAAACUCUUUCAAGAAUGAGAAUUCUAUGCUCUGUACGUAAAUUUAUAGCGAACGCGUAAAACUGGAAACGAAUCAUUUUGUGCGAGAGAGUGAGAAAAAAAAAGCAAAAUUUACGUAAAAUAGGUUCAGACUAGAUUUUACACUUUUUAUAAGUAGAAUAAGAUAUGCGAUGUGUGUAAAGAAAGAAGAGGCGAAAGGAAGCUACUGGUAUUUAUACUGAUACAGUCGCUUUGGUUGUGCGUAUAAUAAUUAAUGAUAGUAAGUAAGAAACACGGCUACAUUAGGAUCUAUGCCUUCUGCCGUAUCUUAAAAGAUAUGUGUCGUUGCGCAUUUCUUCGUGCCGCCGGAUAAUACUGACUACAAACUGGUACAAACUGGCAACGCGUAUCCGUCUCUCGUCACACGAGCUUAUUUCGAAUUGAGAAACUUUCUCAAAGUAACUCAAUAACGUUGCAUAAAACGCAAUUCGAUAAGUCACAAUGAAGAGGCAGGCGUGUUUGAAAACGUGACGAAAUUUAGCGAUUUCAAUUUAGCGAUUAAGCAAAGAUAGAGGUAGAUUCGUUCUGAAACGAAACUGUAUAUGAAAUUGUACGAAUAAUCUAUUAUUUAUUAAAAAUUACCUUUCUCGAACGCCUUAGAAGAGAUUAUGUCGGGUUAAUGUCAUUUUAUUCUUGCCACACGGCUUCGUUUUGAAAACAGGCUCUUUUAAAUUCGUUUCCUUAAAGCCGCGUUUUAUUCUACAAUUACUUUCCCUUAUAUAGCUUCCCCCCUAUUUACUUCUUUAAUCCGCUCAGCGUUCUUUCCAUCUGUCACCUGCAACGCGACUCGGAAACGAAUGUUUACAAGCCGAAUUAAAAUUCGUUUAUUCAUCAGUAAGUUAAUGAUGUAAUUAUUGCCAUUAGUUGCACAUAGAGCAAAAGAGUUGAAAGGUCAAGAGUUAUAUAACGCCUAAUAAGAGCGAUUAGUAAUUAAGUAUUUAUAUAUAUAUAUAUAUACAUAUAUACUUAAUUGCUAAUCGCUCUAAAUAUAUCAAAUUUAUUGGUAUCUCGAAGAUUCGCGCGUUGCACGAGCGUCGGCCAAAUUCUACAAUCUCGUACUUUCGCCACUGUAUUUAUUAGUCAAUUAUAAUAAUCGCUGGCCAGUAGAUAGUGAGCGAGACGGCUGACGAUUAAGUGGACGAGAGAGAAGCGGACGAAACGUAAUCAAUAAGGAAAAUGUAAGCGCAAAGCGAAAUGUAAAUUACUGUUACAUCGAGUCUGCACCUAUCGGAAUACAUACCGCAUAAUAUCACCUCUGUUGAAAGUAUGCGUAGGAAAAAAAUAUAUGUGUAUAUAUAAAUAUACGCGUACGCGCGUACAGAGUCCUACCACGUGCCCUUAAAGCAAAAGUCUCCACCCCUCCCUAGACGCCUUUAAAAAAAAAAAAAAGAAAAGGUAAAAGAAAACAAUAUUCUACAUUUUGUACGAGUACUUAGUUUUUACCUCGUUAUACACGUUACCACUAGUAGGUGUGUAUUAAAAAAAAUAAAAAAUAAAAAAAAAACAAAUCGCGCGAGAUAGUGCGCGGGUAAACGAUUAAAACUGUUUUGCUCCCGUCAUUGUCGAGCCGACUACAAAACACACAGCGCAGAAAUAAACGAUGUUUAUAAAUCA